AUGGAGAGCUUUCCUCCGGGCAUGGCCGCCUUCACGCCGCCGGCCCCUCCUCCCAAGCCUGGCAGUCACGACACAAGCGGCAUCGGCACGCCUUGUGGUCUUCCAGGUCCUUCGGGCUCUCCGAGUCCCCCAGGCCUCACAGGCCUCACAGGCCUCGCGGGACCCGCUCCCCCUCCUCUCCCGCCGCCGCCAGCUGUAGGCGAAGGAGCUGGCGAGCCUUCCACCCCAUUUCAGCAGCUUGAUACGGGGUCGUCCGAUCCGGGCGUAGGAUGGCUGCCUGACCUGCUCCUAGACAUGUCGACACAGGAUCUCGCCGGCCUCCUUGCCUCCCCUUCCCUUCUCAGCGCGCUCGCGCACUCGCCGUCGACAGCCCAUCCCUGCACCGCCGCCUCCCACGCGCAGCUCACCAGCGCACUGAGUCAAAACAGCGAUUUUGCGCGGCAGUUGCAGUCACUCGGCGGGCGCCUUUCCCACCAGCGUUCGGACACACAGGCUCAUCUCCUCUCCACCCACAGUCUCGAGCGCCAGUGGCGUCAGAAGCAAUCUGACAUGGAUCACGCCCUCGCACCAUUCUCUCCCGCUUCCCUCUACCAGCGCCUCUCCCAAGGCGUUCAGGAGCAGGCUGGUGUUUGCCAGGCCAUGGAGGAAAGCUUCCUCGAAGGGGGCGACGGGGGGGACGGCGGAGACUUGGCCUCGGAGCGAGAGGUGGCUGAGUGGGUGCGUAGAUACAGGGAGGCCAAGGUGCAGUUCUAUCUGCGGCAAGAGAGGAAGGAGAGGUGGGAUGAGGGCAGGGUAGGAGGUUGGAGAUGA